UCCCUGAAUUUGGGGGGCACCAAAGCAGCUUGGUCUCAUGCCAGCCAUCCUUGCAGUGGUGAAGCGGCUGCCAGAGCAUGUGCAGGUGGAUGACCCUGCUGCCCAGAGGAAACUGGCCAAGAAGCUGGAGAGGCAGCAGGUACCUCUGAGGCAGGACUAUGGCACCAAGGUGAACCUGUUCUCCCACCUCCACCAGUACAGCCGCAAGAAGCCACUGACGCAGCAGAUGAGCAUCCCCUCCACAGUGAUCCACCCCGCAGUGAUGCGCCUGGGCCUGCAGUACUCGCAGGGCAUCAUCAACGGCUCCAACGCCCGCUGCAUCGCGCUGCUCGAGGUCUUCAAACAGCUGAUCCGGGAUUACUCCACUCCCCCCAAUGAGGAGCUGUCGCGGGACCUGGUGGCCAAGCUGAAGCCACACAUCAGCUUCCUGAACCAGUGCCGGCCUCUCUCAGCCAGCAUGGGCAAUGCCAUCAAGUUCCUCAAGAAGGAGAUAUCGUGCCUGCCUGACACCCUGAGAGAGGAUGAGGCAAAGGAGAAGCUCCAGGACGUGAUCGACAAAUACCUGCGAGAGAAGAUUGUCCUGGCAGCUGAGGCCAUCUCAAGGUCUGCCUUUGAGAAGAUCAAUGACCACGACGUGAUCCUGGUGUAUGGAUGGACAGGGAGACAUUGUGGCCUGGGAGCCAUCGUGGCAGGAGGGCUCUGGAGGGGCAGCGCUCACCAGGAAAGGUGUGACAGAGCCUGUGUUUCCCCUCAGGUGUCCAAGGUGCUGCUGGGCGCCCACGCCCUGCUGGCCAAUGGCUCUGUCAUGUCCCGCGUGGGGACCUCGCAGAUCGCGCUGGUCUCCAAGGCCUACAACGUGCCCGUCCUCGUCUGCUGCGAGACGUACAAGUUCUGCGAGCGGGUGCAGACAGAUUCCUUUGUCUCCAACGAGCUGGAUGACCCUGAUGACCUGAUUGUGCUCCGGAAGGGCCAGGCCCAGCUUGGGGGCUGGGCAGAGAACAAGUCCCUGCGCCUGCUUAACCUGGUCUAUGAUGUGACGCCCCCAGACCUGGUGGAUUUGGUCAUCACAGACUUGGGCAUGAUCCCCUGCACCUCAGUGCCUGUGGUCCUGCGCGUGAAGAACGUGGAUCAGUAGUCGGAGCAGCUGCAUGGACACUAAUAAACCAGGCCCCAGUAC